AUGUCAUAUAUCGAGGUGCACGCCUGCUAUCCUGCGUUGGGGCCCGCGUCCGGAUGGCCCGCCGUGCGCGGUAGGGUUGGGGGCUGGGAGCCCUGUGUUGCGCCUGCGGAAAGGCUAUCCCACGCGCGCGUGCUUCGCUGCUGCGCGGACGUAAUGGACGGGCCCUCGUGCUCGUGGCUGGCUGGGUGGUCGGAUGGUGUCUUGGAGUCUCUCAGUGCUCGGGGUAACGAAGCACCCCUUAGUAGCGCGGCUCGUGAUCGAGCGGGCGGCGCGAUCGCGCCGCCGAGCUUCAGUCGCCUUGCGAUCUGCUGCAGGCCGCGCACGGCUCCGUCCCAGCGACCCCGCGCGCAUCCGGGAUCCAAGUCAGGUCACGUCAAGCACUGCAUGCGCGAUCGAGAGGGCGGCACGGAUCAGCCCUCGACCACACGGAACAUCUGCCCGUCUGUACUGUCUAUCGGGCAUAUGACCCACGAUGACGCAGCCGGCCUGCGCCCCGGGCAGGUCGUGAACGCCCGCACGCGAGCCCGGGCCCUCGUUCUGCCGCGAAGCGGGAAGCGGGAGGCUGCUGAGAGACGCUAUCUGACUGACGCUGUGAUGCUCGGGCCAAAUGCGAUAUACUUGCGCGGCGGUGGUACUGUGCGGCUGUGGAGGAGCAACGAGGCAGAUACGCGUCCGCGUCUCCUGGUAACUUACAUGUCUUUCUUUGUGCACUGUGAGAGCAGGUUACGGCACAGGGAACGUUCGCUCUCCAGAGCGCUCAACGGCGGCGAUAGUAGGGCAGGAUAUGACUCUGGCCGUCAUAUGAGCUAUGAGCCUGGGUCACGCAGGGAGCGAAGGAGCGCCGAAUGCGGACAAUUGGGCAUCGUGAUUCUAUGCGCAGAACGCUUAGGCGGCGUCUCGUAUCUGCCUCUUGUGUCUGUCUUCUUCGUGCUACUCAGGGACGCCUGCAGCGGCCCUGGCGACUCUGAACCGUCCGUGGAAGCGACAUAUAGGAGAUAG